UGUAAUUGCCGGUCGAUUUAUUUUCAACUGACAAAGACAAGGCUUUGAAAUUCGGUGGAUAUCAUUGUUUGGCAUUCACUUGGAAAUGAUAGCAUGUUUCAGCUGCGCUUAAAAGAUCUUUGGCAUCGGUCAAUUGGCGUAGAAUAUUCUGAACGCAAUCAUUGUUGAGUGCAUUUAAAAUGUGCUUCAGUGAAUCCUGUGCUGGGCUGUAGUUCCAUCCGUAGAGAGAAUGUUCGAUUGAAUCUGGUGGAUGAUUGCAUUCAUUUUGUCGGUUGUCUUGUGCACCUGCAGCGUUUGGAACACUUGGUUGAAAUGGCAAGAACGGCCAGUGAUGGUCAGUUUUAAUGAUCGAACAACUUCAAUUGGGAUGGUUCCAUUUCCGGCAGUUACCAUUUGCCCCACCCAUAUAUACGACAAAGAUGAUGUGAAUAUAACACAUUUGGCAAAUGUAUAUAUGCGAAAUUCCAAUUUGGAAAAAGAGAACUUGACGAACAAAGAGAAGGAUCAAUUAUGUGCAUUGGAGUAUAUGUGUUUGCAUGAUUUUGUCACAAUACGACGUGCAAACGGUUCUCCAAAAACGGAGAAGCUAUUCAAAGCCAUUAAAGAUAUUGCCCCAUCGGGAGUAAUUCGGUCAGCAGAUUUUAGUCAGACGUAUGCAAGAUACUGGGAAACAUUCACCGAAGAAGGUCUUUGCUAUUCAUUCAAUUCGCUCAACUCCUGGGAUGUAUACACAAAUGAUGUUAUACCAGAGCUGUUGACGGUGAGAUUCAAUCCGAAUGUCUCUCACUGGAACAUGGAAGACGGCUAUGAACUUAGUGUGAAUGAAAGUACUGUGUAUCCGUAUCGUGUGUUCACCGUGAGUCAACGUGACACUCUGCACACGAUAUUGCAUACGAUCGUUAAUGAUAAACCUGACCUUUGCCACAAACAUGCACAAGGCUUUCGACUUUCCUUACAUUCUCCUGAUGAAGUACCCGAAACAUCUGAUGAUUACAUUUUCGUUCCGAUCGAAGGGGAAGUUCACAUUUCCGUUAAACCAAACAUGAUUGCCACAUCAAAUGGACUACGAAAAUACUCGCCCGAAAAACGAGGCUGCUUCUUCAGAGCAGAACGACAACUGCGCUUCUUCAAAUGGUACAGCCAACAGAAAUGCGAAUUUGAAUGCUUGUCCAAUUUCACAAGAGAUAAUUGCGGAUGCGUUAAGUUUUUCAUGCCGAGGGAUAAUCUCACAAAUAUUUGCAAUGUAAAAAAGUUUUUAUGCUUGAACAAUGCGACACGAGCCUAUUAUAAAAUGAAUACUUUGACACAGAAAUGCAAUUGUUUGCCGGAUUGCAAUUCAGUUUCUUACGAUGUGGAGGUUUCGCAGGGACAAACGCCAUUUUAUACACAGAAUGAAAAUACAUUGGUUGGAGCCAUUGAUGCAUCAUUGAUUCCUGCGAAAGCAAAGUGA